AGAAAAUCUCGGCAGCGGUGUAUUCAAAUCAAAGUCUCCUCCUCUUCUUUGCUAAUUGGGCAUUGUUCCUUCGCAGUCGAGUUGAGUUGAGUUCGCUUCCCGCUGCCGCUGACGAAGGGUCCCAUCUCCUCCUGCUCCUGCUCCUGCUGCUGCUUCUGCUUCGGCUUCGGCUUCAUCCCGCUCUCCUUUUCUCUGCUUCUUCUUCUUCGUCUUCUUCCGACCAAUCCCCCAAAAGAGAAGAGGAGGAAGAGGGAGGGAUAAAGUAGGGGGAGGGGUUGGAAAUGGCGAGGAGAGCGGAGGAGGAGUACGAUUACCUGUUCAAGGUGGUGCUGAUCGGCGAUUCCGGGGUCGGCAAAUCCAACCUCCUCUCCCGAUUCACUCGCAACGAGUUCUGCCUCGAGUCCAAAUCCACCAUCGGCGUCGAAUUCGCCACCCGCACCCUCCAAGUUGAGGGAAGGACUGUUAAAGCACAGAUAUGGGACACCGCUGGCCAGGAGCGAUACAGAGCAAUCACCAGCGCCUACUACAGGGGUGCCCUUGGGGCUCUUCUUGUAUACGAUGUGACAAAGCCGACUACUUUUGACAAUGUGAGUCGAUGGCUGAAGGAGCUGAGGGAUCAUGCCGAUUCCAACAUUGUCAUCAUGCUAAUUGGGAACAAGACUGACUUGAAGCACCUUAGAGCAGUGGCUACUGAAGAUGCCCAGAGUUAUGCCGAGAAAGAGGGCCUCUCGUUCAUCGAGACAUCCGCCCUGGAAGCGACGAAUGUGGAGAAGGCUUUCCAGACUAUUCUCUCAGAGAUAUACAGGAUAAUUAGUAAGAAGCCUCUGUCCUCAGAAGAUGCAGCCCCGGCCAACAUUAAAGAAGGGAAAACCAUUGUAGUUGGCGAAUCAGAAGCCAACACGAAGAAGGCAUGCUGCUCUUCGUCUUGAAGAUCAUCCUAUGUUCUUUUCCCUUACCAUUGUGGUCCUUGUUUCCUUAGUUUCUCUGCUGGUUUAUAUGUUGUCUCCAAUUUGUUUUUCUUCUUUCUCUUUCUUUUCCAAUUUUUUGACUGUUUCCAAGAUUAUUAUUGGGUCAUUUGACGAUCUUUUGUGAUGGCUUGAGUUAUAUUGUUCUAUAUGAUGAUUUAUAUAGGAAAUUUUCCUCAGCUAAGAGCGUGUGUAGAAGAAUAUUGGAAUGUUGAAGUGUGUACUGAGGGUGAAUAUUUAAA